CGUUUGAAUGAAAAGGGUCUCGAAUGUGCAAGGGAAAAAAAAUCAAGACGCGUUGACGAUGUAAAAGUAGUAAAGUGACUGUAAAGAAGAGAAACGAAGCCAAAUUGGAAGAAUUAUUCUUGUGAUAUAAAAAAAUAAAAAGAAGAGAGAACAAGUAAUAAAGUUUUCUCAAAACAUUGCAAAUCGUGUACAAAAUUUUUUUGGGUACAUCGUUUAUUUGUAAUAUCAAGUUCGGGUUACGCGAACGAUUUUUUUUUUUUUUUGAAACGUUCUACUGGAUUUCGUUUUUCACGAGAUUUGUUUGAGUUACGCUCGUUGGUAGAAGUUAAAAAAAAUUGUCGAUUUUUUUAGGCAAAUUUUUGUAACUUUCUAUUUUCUUUUUCUUUUUUUUUAUUGUUUUUUGAUUCGACAUCGUUCGACGGGAGGUGAAAUUUUAAAGAGAAAACCGACAGCGACGUAACUCGGAAUAAUGUUUAUACAUCGUUGAUAGGGAUUUUCGAGGGUAAGGAUAUAAAAUGCAAGGAUAAAAGUUGAGGAUUGAAUAACAUAGUCGCGGAGGCGUAAAAAAACGACGAAUAUGGAAGUGUGACGGAUGGAAAAUUAACGAAUUAUCGACGUGCUCGUUUGCGGAAAAAAAGUGCGACGUCUCGCGUCAUUCGGCGAAGGAAGGAGUCGACUUGUGUCGGGCUGAGGUGCGAACUUGGAGAAAACGAGAGUACGGAGUGCUUGCAAAUAGGAGAGACCGUGAUCACAGACAGCCUUGAAACCGAGCCGGUUAUUUCCCCGCCGUUGAGUAUGAAGGCAGUGAAAAUACGCUCUACAUCACUAAUCAUAUUUCCAUCUGAGCAGUUUCUACAGGUAUAGAAGUCCGCGAAGUUUUCGGGGCGUGUUAACGAGGGUACAAAAUCACUCAAACCGUGUGAAAUAAAUUAGAGAGCCCUCCUGUGAAUUACCAGCACGAUGUGUUGCGUGGGCGAGUCCAAUCCUUCAUUUCCCAAGAUCGAGUUCUGCGAAGGUCUGCGAGCAAGAAGUCAAAGAGAGGAAAUCGGUGCCGCUAAUUGAAAAAAGAAAGGUCACGAAAUUUCGUUGCUGAGGACAUGAGGACCGUCGUGGAAGUCGCGGAUCUGAACAGGACGCUCUUUACUCGGAUUGGGGAGACGCGGGUGAGGCACGCUUUGCAUCGUUUUUACCGCGAAAUGGUGCCACUUCCGGUGUCGUCGCUCGGCACGAACCUGACCUCCAUCCCAAACGACAAACUGGACGUCGGAAACGGAACGACCCCGAGCGAGGAACUCGACGGGACGACGCACAAGCUCUACCUCUACGGUACCCCGCCUCUGAUACUGUUCUGCAUCAUAUCCAUCGCCAUAAACGUCAAGAUACUUGUCAGCGUCUACUGGAUACGGCGACCCCUCAGCCCCACCCUCCACAUUAGCCUCAGCCUGGCUGGCGCUGAUGCCUUCUCCAGCAUAGCUUUAGGAGUCGGUCUCGUGAUGAACAGCUUUGUCCCCAUCGGACUGGGCUACGAACUCUCGGGCGUUGACUGCUUUAAACUGGGGCUCGAAGCCGUUAGGCUCGGCGCGAUAAUAAUAACUGUCGCCCAUCUGAUGGCCCUUGCAGCGAAUCACUACCUCGGGAUCCUGAGGCCUCUGCACUAUCUCUCGAUAAUGACGCACAGAAACACUACGCUGCUGGUGGUGCUCCUUUGGGUCCUACCCCUGUCCUUUUUCUUGUCGUACUUUGGUCUGAUUGAGGACCAGGGUUUCCAAUCGGAGAACUGCGAGAUAAACACGUUCCUGUAUUACAAGAAGUUCAGACUGAUGUUCAGCAGCCUCUUCUUCGGCCCGUUUCUUCUCAUGGUCUGCAUCUAUACUCACAUAUUCUGCAUAGUCAAGAGACACCAAGCGUCCAGACUUAAAUUCAGCAGAGCCGGGUCUCUCCAUCGGGGACCAAACAGCCUGCGGCAAAACUCGUCCCAGCAGAUGGCCAGGAACGUGAAGGCCAUCCACACGACCCUCUACAUCCUCGGAAGCUACGUGGUUGGUUGGAUGCCAGGAACGAUUCUGUACAUCCUCGCUUGCGACGAUUGCCUUCUGAACCUUGACUGGGUUACCGGAAGAGCCAAGUUCCUCGUCUACAAUGCUGUCAACUGCCUGAUAAUUCUGAAAACACUAGUGAACCCAAUCAUAUACGCGGCAAGGAUGCAUGAGAUCAAGGUGGCGAAGAGGCGGAUGCACGCGUCCCUCUGCAGAUGCUUCAAUCCAGCGCGAGCCGACGGCAUGGCUAUCGGCCUCCACUGUAGUAGCGAGGGGAACCAGAGUAACAGAGCAUCUCUUUCGAGGACGGCAGUUUGCAAACUGGCGAGCAACGUCAGUGGGAAGAACCAGCGCGGCAGUGACCGCUCCUACACAAGGACAAACACUGUUCUCUGAGGUCGGCGGGAGGCCGUCGAGAUGAAAAGACUCGACGCCUAACGACAAUUUUAAUGCAAAAGUAUCCCAGCAGGGUGCAUAUAGCUGAGCUACUGCAUCCCGUUUAACAACCUAACACGGGCCACCAUUACUCUUCUGAUAUUAAGCGCAUGCAUAUGCGGCACACAAUACCCCAGAGAGAUUAACGGUCGGUGGUUGGUUUGCGGGGAAAUGACAAAUAACGAGAAGGUGUUGCAGGGAGAGCCAUGAGUUCAGAUAUAUUGACCAUGGUGAUAAGUGUAUUUGAAACCUUGAACAACGGUGAAGAAAAUAUUGUUUUGAAAAGUGAAUAUUUCAUUCAAUGCAUAUAGGUCACUGAUAUCAGUGAUAUAAAUGUGUACGUAAACAUAAGAGGAAAAGAGUUAACCAGUUUAACCAAUACCUAUCGGUGUUGUAAAUAACGCAGUGCUCGCUUUGAAUUGUGAACGUAUACUAUGUAUUUACGCGUGCCUAAGGAUUAUGGUCUUUUUGGCAGUAAUAGAGAUAUACGCGAGGAAAAUAAUACAGUUGAAUAAAUAAAUUAAUUGACGCUCGCUGAACAACGCAGUGGACAAAGUACAUUUCGAGAACACUGAAUGAACUAUUUGAAAAAUUCUGAACAUGGCGUCAGGUGCGACGAAUGACGUAAUAAAUUUUGUGGCCAAUCGUAUGGCAGUGCUAUAAACUUCGCUAGGGUUCGCCGAGUAUUGAUUGGAAUAAUAAAAAUUCAAUACCAUACCAAUAAAUCACUAAAUAUUUGCCCUUCGAGAUAAUGAACAUUGACUGUCUGAACGUUCACGAUGAUAAUACAAUACUAUGUGUAAAAUAUAUAUAUAUAUAUAUAUAUUUCGCUUUUGCAAAUUAUUACGACGCAAUUAUAUCUAAUUUAUGUAAUUGUGAAAAAUAAUAAUGUUGAGCUGUAUAUAUCGAAACAUUUAAAAUUUUCUCAAAUUGUAUAACAACCGAAUCGGUAAAUACAUACUGAUACUGUUCUUUUUUCGAUAAUUUUCUUUCCUACUUUCAUCGAGUGUACCUGUAAAUGCAAAAUAAAC